AUGGGGGAUAUUUUUGUUGAUAGAGAUCCCAAGGAAGUUGGAGACAAGAAACGACCAGUUGUCGAAGUACCAGUUGGGACAGACAAACCUAUGGCUCCUCCCAAGAAAGCCAAAGGUGUGAAGAAGACAGCGAAAGGAAAGAGUAAGGAGAAGGUUGUGAAAGUGGAGGACGAUGAAGAAGAUUGCGAUGAUAAUGAUAUCUGA